GGCCUGUAUAAAGCUCCGCACGCCCAAGCACGCGCGCAGCUUCUCCAUUUCCUGCCAGUACCGCGCUCACCAGCCGGAGGCAUGAGCAGCGCCCCCGCGUCGGACCCGGUGCCCGCUUGUCUCACGCUCUGGGACGAAGAGGACUUUCAGGGCCGCCGCUGCCAGCUGCUGAGUGACUGCACGAACAUCAGCGAGCGCGGGGGCCUGCGCAGAGUGCGCUCGGUCAAGGUGGAAAACGGCGCUUGGGUGGCCUUCGAGUACCCCGAUUUCCAGGGACAGCAAUUCAUUCUGGAAAAGGGUGACUAUCCUCGCUGGAGUGCCUGGAGCGGCAGUGGCAGCCACCACAGCAACCAGCUGCUCUCUUUCCGGCCAGUGCUCUGUGGGAACCACAGUGACAGCCACAUGACACUGUUUGAAGGGGACAACUUCCAGGGCUGCAAGUUUGAACUCAGGGAUGACUAUCCAUCCUUGCCCUCCAUGGGCUGGGCCAGCAAGAAUGUGGGUUCCCUCAAAGUCAGCUCUGGAGCGUGGGUGGCCUACCAGUACCCAGGCUACCGAGGCUACCAGUAUGUAUUGGAGAGGGACCGGCACAGUGGGGAGUUCCGUACCUACAGUGAAUUUGGCACACAGGCCCACACUGGGCUGCUACAGUCCAUUCGGAGAGUCCAGCAGUAAAGGCUCCCCAGCCCUGGUACUUCCUCCUGAGGAGCCUCAAUAAAGCUUUCUGAACCUG